CCUCCUCUCCUCCAUCCUUUCCUCUCCUCCUCUCCUCUCCUCCAUCCUCAUCCUCCGUGUCAUGAAGCCUCUGAAGGACACGCGAGCACCGGAUGCUGCUUCUCCGAUUUUUUCCCGUUAACUCACCGUCAGAUGUGAAAUGUCACCUGGUUAAAACCAAACAGGAGGAAGGUUUCUGUCCAGUCAUGCAGAAGGUGGAGGGACAGGUAACUCCCGUCAACUUGCCUUCUUCCAAAGGCCUGAGCACCCCGGGGUCUCCCGCCACCGGCAUCAUGGCCAGAGUCAACGACCAGGUGGUGGGCUACAGAGACCUGGCAGCUCUGCCCAGAGACAAAGCCAUCCUGCAGGUGGAGAGACCGGACCUGAUGACCUACCAACCACACCUGAGCUUCUCCCCGCUCGACCCGCCGCGCAGAGAGAGAUCUCUGUCUCCUCCCUCCACGUCUCCGCCCAGAUCUCCUGAGGUGAAGCCACGCAGAGCAGAAAGUGAAGGUGGCUCCCCUGGUGGAUCCACGCUGCAACUGCAGGCUGGACGCAAGAUCAGCAGCAGCCAGCAGCACUUCCACAGACCAGAUAAUGGGACCAACAUCUACAGGAAGCCUCCCAUCUACAAACAAGAUGUUCAUAAACAUGUGGAAGGAGUCAUCGAGUCGGCAAAGUUUCCAGCAGCUCAGCCUCCAGACCCCAACCAGCCGUCCAAGAUAGAGACCGAGUACUGGCCCUGCCCCCCAUCGCUGGCUGCCAUGGAGAUCGAGUGGAAGAAGAAGAAGCUGCAGGAGGAGGACGAUGAGUUCGAGGACCUGACGGACGAGGCCAGGACACUGCAGGAGCACGAGCUGGAAAAGAUCAAGUCCAACCUGGGCCGCCUCAUCCUGAAGGAGGAGAAGGAGAAGGCCGUCCACUUCAGGAGGAAGACGCAGUCGCUGCCUGACAGGACACACAUGCACAGCACUUUGUCAGCAAGUGCAUCCAAGUCUCCUUCACACUCAGGCGCAGGCCUGACCAGAAUGCAGUCUGCAGAGUUUUCCACAGAUGGAGACAAAGGCGGGUCAGCUGCUCAGAACGGAGAGCCUCGUAGAGAGAGGAUGGACCGGGGAAACUCUCUGCCGAGCAUCCUGGAGCAGAAGAUUUAUCCAUAUGAAGCUCUGAUUGUGACCCACAGAGGGCGCUGCAAGCUGCCACCAGGAGUGGACCGCACUCGUCUGGAGAGGCAUCUGGCUCCGGAGGAGUUCGUGCGGUUGUUCCAGAUGUCGAUGGCUGAGUUCGACCGUCUCUCUCUGUGGAAACGAAACGAACUGAAGAAGAAGGUCUUGCUUUUCUAACAGGAAGUGACAUCAUCUCUCUGUACUUGAUGAAGCCCCCGCAGGAGGAAACAGGAAGUGACAUCAUCAACAAACACAGCGAGCGAACAUGUCCGCCAUCUUAACUAACCCGUCUGACUAACCUGCUGCACUUAGAACCACUGCUUGCAGAACGUCCUCAUCACAUGACCACUCACCUUCACCUUCACCUUCACCUUCAUCCUCACCUUCACCUUCAUCUUCAUCACUGAGCUCCAGAGGUCUGAAUCAGGAAGUCAGAUUAGCACGUUAGCAGCUACGCCGCUCUUCUGGUUCACUUUCUUUAAGAACUGUGGCAGGUUACCACGGCAACGAGGUACAUCACCAUGGUAACUGUGAUACAGGCUCCCCAUCUCUAUAAACAGACAUCUGCCCGUGACGAGGGACCAAAGACUUUCCGCUUAUAGUCCGAGCCGCGUCGACCAAUCACGUGUCAGCAAAAAGAGGCGGGACGCGUUGGCCGAAACACGACACCACGUGGCGCCCAUCAUCUGAUCACGACUCUUUUUAGGAACUUUUCAUGGAUUUUUAUGAGCUUGUAUCUGUCUGCAGAGCUCAACAGGAAGUUCUCGUGUUUCGACCCGUCGGACCGUCGACAUGGAAACAUCGACAGAACGUGACACUGACCAAAGGAAGCUGAAAGUUCUCCAGACGAUCCGGACUCACAUCUCAUCACAAUCCAUCAGUCGAGACGUUUGAUUGGACCAGAGCUGACUUUAGCUCUGCUGCUAACGUCUCACUGAGAUAAUCAAUGUUCACUAACGAGCUUCCUGUCAAAGACUUCUUGCUUCAGGCCUCUGACGUGUUUCUGCUUGAACUUGAGCGACAGCUGAUUGUCACGUGUUAACAUGUAACUGAUUGUAUAUUUAUUCUGUGGAGCGUUUUAUUUAUUUGAUGCCACGCUUUCGUUCGUUCGUUUGCUGCUGGUUUGGAAAAUCUGAUUUUUGCUGUACAGUUUUUUUAAAGGUUUUAUUCCUCACUUUAACUCCGCGCCUGAGACCGUUCGUACUAAUCGACAUGGCAGCGUGUCUUCAUGCUCACUUAUCAAACCCCGUCCGCAUCGUUUCUGUUGUACGGUGUGAAGGAGUCAAAUAAAAAUAUCCAUCAAACCUGA